UUCUAUUUACGGGCGCCCGAAAUUGCAGCAACCAAAUAUUCAAUUGAUGAUGAUGAUGAUGAUUCUUUUAGCAGCUACGGUGAAAGUGGUCAUGGUGAAAAUAAUAAUGAUCGUCUACUGAACAAAGGCAAUUUGGCUACAUUUAUAUUAUGGAUAAAAGAUAUAGGUUUGACUAAAUCAACCACAAAUAUGACGUAAAUUUGCGGUUAGAACAUUUAAAAGUUUGUUCUUAACAUAAAUAUGGAGGUCAGUUACAUAUUGGAUAACUCAAUUGUAAUAUUUCUGACUGUGAUAUUGAGUUAUGCGUAAUAUGUAACUUCUAUUUGUUGCAAUAUCUAAGAAGUUGAUGAGCUAUGCAGUUAGUAUUUCAUAAUUGAUAUAGCUUACCUGUAAGAUUUCGUCUUUUAACGUAGGCAAGUAUCAUGUGACGGCAGGGAUAUCGACCCAUCAUAAACGUGCUACAAUUGCAUUG